UGGCUGGUUGAGGUGGCAGGAUGGCCAGCCGUGGCUUACUUUCCCUUUGGAGUUGUUCUGCGCAGCGACACUUUAAAGUAUGAGCAAGUUGAACAGUGACUUGUUGGACAAAGCGGUACAGGACAUCUUGGCCUUCUCGAAGGGCGAAACCAUCACGGUCGGCAAGGAAGAAGUGAAGGGCAAGAAGCGCAACUUCCAUGAAACGAUCGAGCUUCAAAUCGCUUUGAAGAACUACGACCCGCAAAAGGACAAGCGAUUCAGCGGCACGUUCAAGCUGCCGACCGUGCCCAAGCCAAACCUCAAGAUCUGCGUGAUCGGUAACGCGCAGCACUGCGAGUUGGCCGAAAAGAACGGGUUUGAAUUCUCGACCGUCGACGACUUGAAGAAGUUCAACAAGAACAAGAAGGUCAUCAAGAAGUACGCCAAGAAGUACGACGCGUUCCUUGCAUCCGACUCGUUGAUCAAGCAAAUCCCGCGUCUGCUCGGGCCCGCCCUCACCAAGGCCGGCAAGUUCCCGACGUUGCUCUCUGGUAACGAAGACAUCAACGACAAGGCCAACGCCGUCCGCGCCACGAUCAAGUUCCAAAUGAAGAAGGUCAUGUGCUUGAACUUGGCGGUCGCUCAUGUCGGCCAAACCAAGGAAGAAAUUGUGGUGAACACCCAGUUGGCCGCCAACUUCUUGGCCUCGUUGCUCAAGAAGAACUGGCAAAACAUCAAGGUGCUGUACUUGAAGAGCACGAUGGGGCCUGCGUUCCAGAUCUACUACUAAGUCGUCGUCCGUGACAAAUUCAUACUGGAUACCAUCUUGGCUGGGGUCUCCUCGUCAUGUAUGGGAGCUGGGUCAGAAUGUUAAAGAAGGGAAGCUCUAACGUAAUUGGAAUGAUUUCAUUCCGGCUGCAAA